UUCCUCGUUGUGCUCAUGUUGUGCUUGACACUCGUACAUACAAGUUGCACGCGUGCCGGUAAUAAACCGUUGUUUGGUAUAACGGUCGUUCCGUUAAAUCUCCUCGAAUCUUUGUACAUAAAUUUGCUCGUAACCGUUAAAGUAAAGCUUGUGAUAAUUAGAAUUUCGCGUGCAAUUUACGAACAGUAUAGUGAAAACGUGUCUGUCCUUAAAAGAGCGUCAAUUCUCCAACAAUUGAAAGAAAAUCAAGAUGGCUGACGUUGCCGAGAAUACAGCAUUUACGGACCCAGCAACCGCGAUAUCCCACGGGAAACGUCACCUGUUGGUACGCGAUUACACCAUGGCCGUGACCGCAUUGGCGCAAGCCUGUCAGAUGCUCGUCGAGAAACACGGGGACACCGCGGACGAACUGGGUGAACCUUACCUGCUCUACGGCCGUGCUCUUCUUGGUCUGGCCAGAGAAGAGGCCGGUGUGUUGGGCGGCGGUGUGCCGGGAAACGAAGAUUCCGUGGAAGACGACGAGGAGGACGAGGAGGAGGUUGAAGACGAAAAGUUAAGCAACGUGGACGAGAAAGAAGAAGAAAAUGAAGAGCGCGCGAGCGACAAUGGAGCGAGCAACGACGCGAAAGAAGUCGACGGGAAAGUUGACGAAUCGAGAUCGGCCGAACAGCCCGAUAAACCAGAAACGGAGAAGAAAGGAGAGAAACUAGAGGCGGGUAGCGAGAAGAAGGAAGAAAAGAAGGUGGAGCCGCAAAGCGAAGAAAAAAAAGAAAAUGUUGAAUCUAACAGCGACGAAAAGAAGGAGACGGGAAAGUCGGAUUCUAAUAAAACCGAUGACAAGAAAACCUUAGAGCAACCAACCCAAAAGAAAAGCGAGGAAGUUAAAGCAGGAUCUAGCAAGGACAUGAAUCAUACCAAUGGUCCUUCUUGCUCGACGACCGAACAAAAUGGAGACGCGAAGGAGAACGGAGACGAUGGAGAGGAUAUUGGAAAGGAGGAUGAAGACGACGAAGUCAAUAACUUGCAGGUGGCUUGGGAGGUGCUGGAAUUAGCGAAAUUAGUGCUGCUGAAGCGUGGACAAAGUGGAUGGAAGCUGCUAGCGGAUGCUUAUCGACUUCUAGGAGAGGUAGCCAUGGAAGGUGGAAAUUUCCAAGGUGCCUUGAAUGAUCUGCAUCGAUGUUUGGAGUUGCUGCAACAAAUUGAACCUCAAGAACCAAGAGCAAUAGCAGAAAUCCACUAUCAGCUAGCGUUGGCCCAUUCUUUGGGCAAUGAAUUCGACGCCAGCAUCGAGGAGUUCAACAAAGCGACCGAAUUGUUGGAGGCGCGUAUAAAAGAACUGGAAGAGAUAAAGGAACCGCCGAAAACGGACGAUUCUUUUUACACCGUGGAAGGGGAGAUACAAGAGCUGAAAGAACUUUUGCCAGAGAUUCAAGAGAAGAUCUCGGACAUGAAGGAUUUCAAACAAGAAGCUUGCAAGCUUGUUAUAGAAGGCAUUAAGAGCAAAGUAGCCGGUGGAUGUUCCAACGGUGCUGGACCGAGUGGCAGCAGUGAUUCUACGACAAAAAUUCAGAAACCCGCCAGUGACAUAUCGCAUUUAGUACGGAAGAAGCGAAAAGCCGACGAACCAGAAACAGAAGUUGCGUCACCGUGCAAAAAACCAACGCCGGAGAAGACUGUUUGAACAGUUUUAACUAGUUUGGUGCACUUGAGACAUUCUUGAUAUCUUGUUGCUUCGUUUUACAAGGCGUUUUACGCGAUGAUAAUUGGACAAAAAGAGAAAACCGUAUCGUACGCGAAACUUUUAGCGUUGGACCAAGAACGUAGAGCAACGAUCAUCGAUACCGGCGAGAACAUUACAAAUUGUGAAUGUCUCUCGACACCGCGAAACAUAUUUUAUUCGAAAGCAGACUCGUUUCAUUAUACUCUCUUUUAUUUCAUGAUUACGAUUCGUCUAAUAAAUGUCUUUUAUUUUCGUUCUGUUCGUUGCUCUGUACAAUUCGUCUAUUUAUUAUGUAUCUAAUUUGACUUUAACAUUCAGCGAGUCGAUGUUCAUCAUCCAAAAUUACAAUCUUUUAUAAAUUCUUAUUUUCUAGGAUGUAAUAAAACGUUAGGGAAUAAGGCUGUUUAUGUAUAAGUCUGAUUAAUAAACGUUAAAUGAUGAUUUUU